AUACCGUUUUCAUCAUCGGCCGAAAUCCACGACUACGAGAUCCCGAGGAAGGCGAGAGAGGUGGUUACUUGUUACGGGAUUUAAGCUUCAGCUGAAAUUCAGGGGGAAACAUAGAGAGGAGAGAUCUCAGCAUUCUAAAAGACAAGAAAGGUAAUGGAGAAGAAACCCAAGGAGAUAUAGAGAUCGAGAGAGGGAGAGAGGGGGCUUCUGGUAUUCGAAUUUCCACGGGGAGAAAGAUAAGGAGGGGAGGAUAGGGGGGUGUUUAUCAAAGGGAGGUGCUGGGCGCGGGGCCUCCGUUAAGUCGGUUAAGAGGCUCUCGUCGCAGCACCUCGGCGGCAGUAGCGGAAGCGGAGGCGGAUCCUUCGGCGAAGGCACCGAUCACUCUGACGUCGUCGGCGGAGCCAAGAUGAAGGCCCUCUUCAAAUCGAAGCCUCGCUCUCCGGCCGAUAUCGCUCGCCAGACUCGCGAUCUCCUCCUCUACGCUGAUCGAGCCGACUCCCUGCCUGAACUCCGAGAAUCCAAGCGAGAGGAUAAGAUGGCGGAACUAAGCAAGAAUAUCCGGGAGAUGAAGUCAAUUCUAUAUGGAAACAGUGAAGCUGAGCCUGUCACGGAAGCUUGUGCCCAGUUGACUCAGGAAUUCUUCAAGGAAAAUACUCUUCGCCUCCUAAUUAGAUGUCUUCCAAAACUCAACUUGGAGGCCAGAAAAGAUGCUACACAAGUUGUUGCAAAUUUACAGAGGCAACAAGUCAAUUCAAGGCUGAUUGCAUCUGAUUAUCUGGAAGCCAACAUUGAUCUUAUGGAUAUUCUAAUAGAGGGCUAUGAGAAUACAGAUAUGGCUUUACAUUAUGGUGCUAUGUUGAGGGAGUGCAUCCGCCACCAGACUGUUGCAAAAUAUGUUUUGGAGUCACAGCACAUGCAGAAGUUUUUUGAUUUCAUACAGCUCCCCAAUUUUGAUAUUGCUGCAGACGCUGCUGCAACCUUUAAGGAACUCUUGACAAGGCACAAGUCUACUGUUGCUGAGUUUCUCGCUGAGAAUUACGAUUGGUUCUUUGCCGAGUAUAACUCAAAGCUUCUCGAAUCCAGUAAUUAUAUUACCAGGCGGCAGGCUGUUAAGUUGUUGGGUGAUAUAUUACUGGAUCGAUCAAAUUCAGCAGUGAUGACGAAAUAUGUGAGCUCAAGGGAUAACUUAAGGAUUCUCAUGAAUCUUCUUAGAGAGUCUAGCAAGAGCAUCCAGAUUGAAGCUUUUCAUGUCUUCAAGCUAUUUGCAGCGAACCAAAACAAGCCCCCAGAUAUCAUCAACAUUCUUGUGGCAAACAGAAGCAAGCUUCUGCGACUGCUGGCUGAUUUCAAGCCUGACAAAGAGGACGAGAGGUUUGAGGCGGACAAAGCUCAGGUGGCUAGAGAAAUCACAGCGCUUGAGCCGCGAGAACUUGCAUGACCACGCGGCCAAGAACAAGGGGCUCUUUGCUUUCUCUGUAAUCUCCGUAAGACAAUUUUUUUUUGGAGCAUCAGAUAAUGUCGUUAGGUACACUACUCUCUUUCUCCCACUAAAGAAAUCUGGACUGGUUUUUGGGAUUAUAUAUAUAUAUACGUUCACGUGUACACGCCGUUAGUAUCUUUGCUAUAAUACGUUAACGUUUGAACUCGUCCCAUGACUGCGUCUGUUCAUAUGCGUUUUACACAUCUCUAUUAAAACGUUUUAUUCA